UAUGACUAAGAAACAAUUUUUUGAGGUUAGGCGGAAAACGAAAGCGUUCAUCAAACGAUAUAAUUUUUUUUUAAUUUUUGGAUUGUACAAUAAAAAUAUCAAGAUGACGAUCGGAAAGAAUAACAAAAUGAUACAACAUAUUAACUACAGAGUCAGGAUAACGCUACAAGACUCUCGGACUUUCAUAGGGACCUUCAAAGCAUUCGAUAAACAUAUGAAUAUGAUCUUAGGAGAUACAGAGGAAUUUCGUAGAAUGAAAUCUAAAAACUCAAAAGUUGAGAGGGAAGAAAAAAGAACCCUAGGUUUUGUUCUAUUGCGGGGAGAGUCUAUAGUAUCUUUGACUGUGGAAGGACCUCCGCCGCCAGAGGAAGGACUACCAAGGGUACCCAUUCCUGGAGCUGCUCCCGGUCCAGGUAUUAGUCGUGCAACUGGACGUGGUAUGCCUGCAGGAAUAGGAGGAGUUCCAGUGGGACUCCAAGGCCCUGUUAGAGGAGUUGGUGGUCCUUCUCAGCAAGUUAUGACACCAGGUGGAAGAGGACAAGUAUCAGCUCCUCCACAAAUGUCUCAAGGACCUAGAAUGGGGGCUCCUCCACCAGGUAUGAUGGCUCCCCCACCAGGAAUGAUGGGUAUGCCUCCUGGCCCUAUGGGUAUGGCACGUGGUGGCCCACCACCUCCAAUGGGUAUGAGAGGCCCUCCACCUGGUAUGAUGAGAGGAGGUCCUCCAGGACCACCAAGACCAUACUAAUAUUUAAGUUCAGUGAUUCUGUAUAUUGUAAGUUCAGUCUCAGCCAUACCAAUGUUUUUGUUGGCAAAAUUCUAGAAAUAUUUCAAUUUGAUAUUGGUAGGGAAAAAAUAUUGUAAUUAAAAAUGGUGAAUUUUGUAAAUAAAAACACCAGAAAUGACUUUUUUAA